ACCUCCAUCAGCACGGAAAUGCCUCCCAUGGCUCCUCGCUGAAGGAGAGGCAGGGCUCUCUGUGGACGAUGAACCGCUACACCACGCUGAGGCAGCUGGGGGACGGCACGUACGGCAGCGUGCUCCUGGGGAAGAGCAACGACACGGGGGAGAUGGUGGCCAUUAAGAGAAUGAAGAGGAAGUUUUAUUCGUGGGAUGAGUGCUUGAGUCUAAGAGAGGUUAAGUCACUGAAGAAGCUGAACCAUGCCAAUGUGGUGAAACUGAGGGAAGUGAUCAGAGAAAACGACCACCUCUACUUUGUCUUUGAGUAUAUGAAAGAAAACCUCUAUCAGCUCAUGAAAGAAAGAAACAAGUUGUUCCCUGAGUCACUCGUCAGAAACAUGACAUUUCAGAUAUUACAGGGACUGUCCUUUAUUCAUAAACAUGGGUAUUUCCAUCGGGAUAUGAAGCCGGAGAACUUGCUCUGCAUGGGCCCAGAGCUGGUGAAGAUCGCUGACUUUGGGCUAGCCAGAGAGAUCCGCUCACAGCCACCUUACACUGACUAUGUGUCUACAAGAUGGUACCGGGCCCCGGAGGUUCUGCUAAAGUCUAACUGCUACAGCUCACCCAUCGACAUCUGGGCGGUGGGAUGCAUCAUGGCGGAGCUGUACACUCUCAGACCUCUGUUCCCUGGAAACAGCGAGGUGGACGAGAUCUUCAAGAUCUGUCAGGUGCUGGGAACGCUGAAGAAGCCAGACUGGCCUGAGGGCGUCAAGCUUGCCACCUCGAUGAACUUCCGCUUCCCAAAGUGCGUCCCCACCAGCCUCAGAUCUCUGAUCCCAAACGCCAGCAGCGAGGCGAUCACACUGAUGAGAGACAUGCUGCAGUGGGACCCUGAGAAGAGACCGAGUGCUGUUCAGGCUCUACGGUAUCCAUACUUCCACGUCGGCCCGGCGCUCGGUGCUCCUCUGAAGAGCUCGGAGCAGCACAAGGCUCAGCCAAAGAUGUACGAGUCGUCUUCAGAAACAAAGCCUCUGUCCCUCUGUAAGACGGACCUGGAGUCCAGCGAGCAGAGUAGGACCCAGAGAGGCAGCCAGUCUCUGCACCAGCCUCUUCAGCAGUUACUUCUCCCUCAGAACAACAUGGAGCAAAACCCAAAACAAACGAUGUGUUCUUCCACACUGACACAGGGACAGCAGGAACCCCUCAGCCUGGUGAAAAACAGGCAACCAAUGAGCUAUCAGGCUCCUACAGGAGCAGAGAACAGCAUGAGUGCAGUGAGGACGGGACGCAGACGCUGGGGACAGGCGUCUUACAGAUCUGAGGACAGCUGGAACGACGGAGAGGAGGCAGACGCCGGAGUCUCCAUCUCCAAAAAGCCCACCAUCAGCUCUCUGAAGGACGGGGCAGCAGAGGGGCCCAGCUGUCGGUUGGUAGAGUCGCAGAACAAAACAGAAAGAAAGCUGCCGAGUAACAGCGGGCUGAACCGAGCUGAAUCCUCCACGCUGUCCGCCAAGCAGCACUACCUCCGCCAGUCCAGAUAUCUGCCCGGCAUAAAUCCAAAGAACGGCUCUUUAGCAGAAAGCCCGGUGACCGGCAGAAACCUGUGCGGCGCCUCGGGUUUAACCAGAGAAAAGACGCCAGAGUUUCCUCUAAAUAAAGACAAUAGUCUUCCUAAACUAACAGAUCAGCAGCCUCUUAAAGAAAAGAGUCUGGAGGAUCGUGAUCUUUCUAAAGACUCCUUCCUGAGCAACAAAAACCCGAACCAGACACAGAUGCCCCCUUUUCAGAAGGCUGAACCAGGAUCAGCGAGACAGAGGGUCACACUGGCCCCCAUAGGAGGCAGCUCUGCCAUGGAUCUAAGAGUUGAGUCCAAAAUCAAAUCAUCCAAGAACACGACCUCCUUAAAUAAACUGCUGCCCUCAAACGAAGAGCACGAAGGGUGGAGGAGCCGAUCUCUGAAUCCUCCGAUCUCUGGAUCCAGCGCCUCAGGGUGGAGCUCGACCCUGCAGCCGGUGCACGGACGGGUCGACUGGACCGCCAAAUACAAAGGAAACCAGUAGCACCAGUCCACUCUGCACCACGAAAGACUCAUGAGACCAGUUCCCACUGCACUAGAGCCAGGAAAUACUCUAAAGGAGAAGUGUUGCCUGUUGAUCUGUUACAUUUGCCAC